CGCGCGGGGCCGCGAUGGCCGAGGAGAUCGACUGGCUGGACCUGCCGGGCCGGUGGGCCUACGGGGUUGACGGCGGCGGGAGAGUCUUCUUCAUCAAUGAUGAGGAAAAGUCAACCAGCUGGGUGCACCCUGGCACGAAAUCACCCAUCCAGAGCGGACACUGCUCCUGCCCAGGUUUGCCCAAGGGCUGGGAGAUGGAUGCCACUCAGGAAGGAGCCGUGUAUUUCAUCAACCACAAUGAAAGACGGAACACAUUCCUACACCCAGUGACCGGCCAGGUCCCAGAGGAAAACAAAAAAUUUGACUUGAAAACAUCGGCCUUGGACAUGUCCAAUAAAACAGGUGGGAAACGCCCGGCUACCACCAACAGCGACAUAUCCAACCACAACAUGGUGUCUGAGGUCCCUCAGGAGCGGCCCAACAUCCGGGCCACUCGAACGUCCCGCAAAGCCGUGGCCUUUGGCAAGCGCUCACACUCCAUGAAGCGGAACCCCAACGCACCUGUCACCAAGGCUGGCUGGCUCUUCAAACAGGCCAGCUCCGGGGUCAAGCAGUGGAACAAACGCUGGUUCGUCCUGCUGGAUCGCUGCCUCUUCUACUAUAAAGAUGAGAAGGAGGAGAGCGUCCUGGGCAGCAUCCCGCUGCUGAGCUUCCGCGUGGCAGCCGUGCAGCCCUCGGACAACAUCAGCCGCAAGCACACGUUUAAGGUGACUGUGUGCUGGGUGGACGAGGCCGGGGCCAGUUCCACGCACUGCCUCUCCCCACAGGCGGAGCAUGCCGGCGUCCGCACCUACUUCUUCAGUGCCGAGAGCCCGGAGGAGCAGGAGGCCUGGAUCCAGGCCAUGGGGGAGGCUGCCCGAGUCCAGAUCCCCCCAGCCCAGAAGUCGGUGCCCCAAGCCGUGCAUCACGGCCACGAGAAGCCAGACUCGGAGAACAUCCCCCCCAGCAAGCACCACCACCAGGCGCCCCACGGCAGCCUCCCCAAGCCGGAGCUGGAGGCCAAGACCCGAGGGGAGGGAGACGGCCGGGGCUGCGAGAAGGCAGAGAGGAGGCCCGAGAGGCCGGAAGUCAAGAAGGAGCCUCUGGUGAAGGCCAACGGCGUCCUAGCUGGGCCGGAACCAGCCUCAGAGCCGGGCAGCCCGUACCCCGAGGGCCCGAGGGUGCCAGGUGGUGGGGAGCAGCCCGCGCAGCCCAACGGCUGGCAGUACAGCUCCCCGAGCCGGCCGGGGAGCACAGCCUUCCCGCCUCAGGACGGAGACAGCGCAGGCCACCGCCGGAGCUUCCCGCCACGCACCAACCCGGACAAAAUCGCCCAGCGCAAGAGCUCCAUGAACCAGCUGCAGCAGUGGGUGAACCUGCGCCGGGGGGUGCCCCCACCCGAAGACCUCCGGAGUCCCUCUAGGUUCCAGCCCGUGUCCCGCAGGGUCCCCGAGUAUUACAGCCCUUACUCCUCGCAAUACCCGGACGAUUACCAGUACUACCCGCCAGGGGUGCGGCCGGACAGCAUCUGCUCCAUGCCGGCCUACGAUCGCGUCAGCCCGCCCUGGGCCCUGGAGGACAAGCGCCAUGCUUUCCGCAACGGUGGCGGCCCCGCCUACCAGCUGCGGGAGUGGAAGGAGCCCACCACCGGCUAUGGGCGGCAGGACGGCACCGUCUGGGUCCCCAGCCCCUCCCGGCAGCCGCCCGUCUACUACGACGAGCUGGACGCGGCCUCCAGCUCCCUGCGCCGCCUGUCCCUGCAGCCCCGGUCUCACUCCGUGCCCCGCUCGCCCAGCCAGGGCUCCUACAGCCGCGCCCGCGUCUACUCCCCCGUCCGCUCGCCCAGCGCCCGUUUCGAGCGGCUGCCGCCACGCAGCGAGGACAUCUACGCCGACCCCGCCGCCUACGUGAUGCGGAGGUCCAUCAGCUCCCCCAAGUAUGAUUACCUGGGAGACAGGCGGCCAGUCCCUGCAGCACUGUUCCCCUACAACUACCCACCAUCCCCCACGGUCCACGAUAAGAUGGAUGAACUUUUAGAUCUUCAGUUGCAAAGAAACCUAGAGUAUUUGGAUCAGCAGAUGAGUGAGAGCGAGACUCUCAUCAGUAUGGUGAACCGCAUGGUGGAGAGCUCCUCCCCCAGGGCCCAGCUCUUCAUGCAAGUCCCUCCGUACCCUGAGGUGUUCCGGGACAGCCUGCACACCUACAAGCUGGACGAGCAGGACACGGACAAGCUGCUGGGCAAGCUGUGUGAGCAGAGCAAGGUGGUGCAGGAGCAGGACCGGCUGGUGCAGCAGCUCCGAGCGGAGAAGGAAAGCCUGGAAAGUGCCUUGAUGGGGACGCACCAGGAGCUGGAGAUGUUCGGCAGCCAGCCCGCCUACCCCGAGAAGCUGCUGCACAAGAAGGAGUCGCUGCAGAAGCAGCUCAUCAACAUCCGCGUGGAGCUGUCUCAGGCCACCACGGCCCUGACGAACAGCACCCUGGAGUACGAGAACCUCGAGGCCGAGGUCUCCGCCCUGCACGACGACCUCUGGGAGCAGCUCAACCUGGACGUGCAGAACGAGGUGCUGAACCGGCAGAUCCAGAAGGAGAUCUGGAGGGUGCAGGACGUGAUGGAGGGGCUGCGCAAGAACAACCCCUCCCGGGGCACGGACACGGCCAAGCACCGAGGAGGACUCGGGCCCUCGGCCAGCUACGGCUCCAACAGCCCAGCCAGCCCGCUCAGCUCCGCCAGCCUCACCAGCCCCCUGAGCCCCUUUUCCCUGGUGUCGGGCUCUCAGGGGUCCCCCACCAAGCCUGGGUCCAGCGAGGAACCUGGCCCGCCUCGGCCUCCCCUCCCCAAAGCCUACGUCCCCCUGGAGUCCCUUCCGGCCGUCCCUCCUCUCCCUAGUGAGAGCCGCUUCUGGCCAUACCCCAGCUCCCCUUCCUGGCAGCGCAGGGGCGAGACAGCCAGGGGUCAGCCCAAGGCAAGCUAUGAGCAAAGCAGGAAAGACUCCCGCCAGACCUCGCCCCUGGACACCCCGAGGGACAUCAGCCUUGUGCCCACCAGGCAAGAGGUGGAGGCAGAGAAGCAGGCAGCUCUCAACAAAGUUGGCAUCGUGCCCCCCCGGACAAAGUCACCCACGGAUGAAGAAGUGCCCCCGUCAGCUGUGGUGAGGAGGAGUGCCAGCGGGCUCAGCAACGGACUCUCCUCCCAGGAGCGCCCCAGGAGCGCGGUGUUCGCGGGCGAGGGCAAGGCGAAGAUGAGCGUGGAGGAGCAGAUCGACCGCAUGCGGAGGCACCAGAGCGGCUCCAUGAGGGAGAAGCGGAGGAGCCUGCAGCUCCCAGCCAGCCCCGCGCCCGAGCCCGGCGCUCGGCCUGCGUACAAAGUGGUGCGCCGCCACCGCAGCACCCACGAGGUGGACAUCUCCAACCUGGAGGCCGCGCUGCGGGCGGAGGAGCCGGGGGGCCAGGCCUACGAGACGCCCCGGGAGGAGAUCGCCCGGCUGCGCAAGAUGGAGCUGGAGCCCCAGCACUACGACGUGGACAUCACCAAGGAGCUCUCCACCCCGGACAAGGUCCUCAUCCCCGAGCGGUACAUCGACCUGGAGCCCGACACGCCCCUGAGCCCCGAGGAGCUGAAGGAAAAGCAGAAGAAGGUGGAGAGGAUCAAGACGCUCAUCGCCAAAUCCAGCAUGCAGAGCGUGGUGCCCGUCGGCGAGGGGGACUCUGUGGACGUGCCCCAGGACUCUGAGAGCCAGCUGCAGGAGCAGGAGAAGCGGAUUGAAAUCUCCUGCGCCCUGGCGACCGAGGCCUCACGCAGGGGCCGCAUGCUGUCUGUGCAAUGUGCCACCCCAAGCCCUCCCACCUCCCCCGCCUCCCCGACUCCACCAGCCAACCCCCUCUCGUCUGAAUCCCCACGGGGAGCCGACAGCAGCCAUGCCAUGCGGGUCUGAGCUUUGACUGCAAGCCCUGGCCGAGGCCAAUGCCAUGAAGCUCCACAGGGCCACGUUCUGAAGCCGUCCUCCGCCCACCUGGGGUCCUGGCUCCCCACCCCAGCCCCCUGCCCCUGCGCUCUCGUGGAAAUGUCGCAGGGGACCUGGCCGGAGGCCUGGGGCUGCUGCCGAGAGGAGCGUGGAUGACCCGGUCCUGAAGCCCUCGCUGCUCACGCACACCGCGGUCCGAGGCCAGGACCCGAGCUGGCCGGGGCGGGGAGCACCAUCCUCACCAGCGCCUGAGCCACCGGGAGCUUCAGCCUCACUCCGGCUGGAUUUGUGGUGGCCCUACUGGAACAUUCCGUGGUGGAGAACGUGCCCUGUUGGGGAGCACACCCUUGGCUCCUAUCGUAGUUCAGGGCUAGGGGUGAAGAGGAGAUGGCCAGUCUGCCUCUCGGAGCCCACGGGACACAAGGACAGCACCACCGGCAGUUGGCCGUGCCCCACCGCCCCCGCGUACCCAGGGCUCCGCCCUUCUCCGCUCUGGGUGCUCCUCUGGGGUCCAGGGGACACUGACCACCCUGCUUGAGCCAAAGACGAGAUGAUGAGAGACGAGGAGAAGCUUCUCAGCCCCCAGAGGGGACGGUGCUGGCUGUGGCUGGAGGGUAGCAGGUCGGUGCAGGGUCUGAGGGCAGGUUGGAGGCGGAGCAAAGGGACUGGAGAGCCCUGGAGGUGGGCGGCGGCAGGCGCAUUGGCAAGUGUAGCGGGAAGGAGGGAAAUGGAAAGGGGUGUGGGAUUGGUGUCCCCAGGUGGAGCCUCAGGUUAGUGCCCAGUGCGGUGCCAGACUGCCACCUCUGCUCCCCCCACCGCACCCCCAGGAGGACCCACCCGUGGAGCCCUUGGUGGCCUCAGUGGAGGUGCUUGGUGUGGGGACCCAGGUGUGGAGUGAAGGGGGCAGGGAGCAGCAGCCCAGGCGAUGGCUCUUUGGGGGUCUGUGCCUGCUGUCUGCGUCCCCACCCGGGGUGAGGGCCAGAGGAGAACUCGUCUCAGGUAGGGUCGGUCGGCCUUGGGGUCUUACCUAACAGUUUCCUGAGAUCGUUUUGCCAGAUCGUGAGAUCUGGCACGUGCAGUGGGCCCGCUGAGCGUGUGCCGGGGAGGGGGAACGAGGCCUCGAUCUAGCAGCUCCGACUCCAGGGCCUCCCACCCCUCAUCCCGGGACCCCAGGUGAGGACCAGGUGAGGCUUGGCGCUCUCGCAGUCAACCCAGCCAGGCGGGCCAGUGGGGGAGAGACAGAAAAGCAAAGUACACCCUUCCUCUGCGCCACCCACCCGGACACGCGUCGGCCAGAGAGGAGGGAGGAGAGUGAGGCCGGGGACGCCUGGGCCCCCCAGGCCUGCUCGCUGCAGAGUCGCUGCCCAGAGACUUCGGCCUGGCCUCGAGCGGUCCCCAAGAACAACUGCUUUACCUUCUACCGGUUCCGCUCCGCCCCGCCGUGGCUGGCACAGUGACUGGUUCCUACGCAAGUACAGAUGACGGUCCACUCGACAGCUAUUUAUCGAGCACCUUGUGUGUGUCGGGCGCUGUUCUAGGUGCUUAGGGUAUGCUCGUGCUUCGGAGGGCUUACGGACCGGGAGGAUUCCACCGAUCUCCACUUCUACCAGGUUCCCUGGACGUGACCUCCGGCUGCAUCUCCCACCUUCCCGGUGUCCGCACCCGUUAUCCGUCCCUUCUCUUCCGCACCCUGGCAGGUGGGGCGGGCUCCCAGGUCUCUCUCUCGCCCUCUUUCCCCCCAGCCUUCCUCCUCCACAAGGAACGGAGUGUUCAGAGCCUUCCACGCCUGCCCCUUUCUCCGUCUCUCCUUUUUUUAAGUAAUAUUUUUAGAAAUACAUGUAAAAUACCAAGAAAUAGUGUCUGUGCCUCUGCCACCUCUCUGCCAUCUCUGGUUCCAUAAAGCUGGCUCUUUAUGUUGCUUCACAUGCCUUAAUAUAUGUUUUCUGGAGAUUAUACAUAUUAUAGAUAUAUACGUAAUAUAUAUAUA